AUGUCAUUGUUUAAGAUUCCAUCAAUAGAUAACUCUAGAUUUCUUCGAAUACUUUCAAAAAAUUACAUCCGAAAGGGCAGCGAAAACGAGUUCUUCUCCCAAACUGUGAGCCAAGAGGUCGAGGAUUUGAAGCAACAGUUAAAAAGUGCCAUACAAAAGAUUGAAGAACUGAGACUUGAAAACAAAGAAAUGAAAAAAGAAAUUGAAAACCUAUCCUCCUCGACAGCCGAGAAAGCAUUCCUUUUGAAAACAACAAAAUAUACGGAUCGAUUAUUGCGAGACAUGAAAGAAAGAGAAGCAAAGGUGCAUGUCCCUCAGCUUCGGUUAUCUGCUUCAGACAAAAUUGGAUUGGGAAGGGAAUAUGGUCAUACAGGACUCCCAGAGCAAAGUCAAGUUGGUCUAACAGGAGAUAUUCGAAGAAAAACAUCCAUACCAUUGAAGAUCAUCGGUGAAAAAUUGAAAGAAAUCACAAGGUCAGUGGAAAAUAUGGCUAUGGAUCCAGAAUCAUGCGAAGAAACCUCCACAGAUGUUUGCAAGUCAUAUUUUGUGGAUUUGAAGUCGACAUAUGGAAACUGCCCUUUUGAAAUGGAGGACCCUUUGUUCAGACCAUCAGAAUUUAAAACAUUUACUGCACAAAGCUCACCAUUUGAUCAAGACAAUCCGGGGCAAACGCAAAGGGGAUGUUAUACUUCUGUGCAGAAACUUGGGGAGGAGAAUCUACUCUCUCCAAAAAAAUUUCAGCAACAGCUCAUAGAGAGAGAUCAUAGCCAGAGAGAAAACGCGCUCAAACUUACCGAUGGACUCACGAAUGCGCCGGAACGGUGUGUUUAUGAAAGCCCCCGCCGCAGGUGGAAGCUUCAUGUCGAUGCUCCAGACUACGUUCAGCGGUAUGUGGUCCGCUCUUCUGCUCAUAUCGCUAACAUGCGAGACCUAAAGCCAGAAGAAAUUGCUUUCUAUUCAAAGCAAACUUAUAAGUAAGCGGUCUGUCACUUUAGAUUUUGUUUACAUACAAACAUGAGAUUGGUCCAGCCUGCUUCCCUUUCACAGAGGUUUCCCAAUUUUUACAAACAUUUGUGUCAUGGUGGCAUUGUCUUGUGUGCUUGAUUGGAACUGAAAAUAUUUGUGUGACAGGGGGUAUAGCUAGGAUUUUGAUAAAUG